UUCCUUCUAAAUCGAUAUUUUCCUCCCCUCCAAUAUUCACAUUUGCAAUAAUCGUUACAGUUGUAACCGUUGCCACUAUUUACGUUUACACCAACAACAGCCACCAAACACUCAUCUAACCUCGAUACCGUCUUGUUGACUCGAUACUGCCUAGAGACAUCACUUCGGUGAUUGAAUAGUGCCAUGGAGGACUCUACCUUAAAGGAGCGCCUCCUUAACUCUCAGAAGUCUUUCGAUGGACUUCUCUCCUUAAUACCCGCCAAGAUGUAUUACGGGGAUGACACCUCCGAUCAAUGGAAACGAAAGAAGCAGACCAAGCAAGAAGCUUCCGCUGCUCGGCGCAAUAAGCUCGACCCAGAUAGCGCAUUAAACCGAAGCGUUAAAGAAGUCAUGGAUGAGCAAGCACAGAAGAAGCGAAAGCGAGAUCAGAUGCAAGAUGGCGAUGACGAUGCUUGGUCUGAUGUCGAUGGUGUUGAAGCUGAGAAGCCAGGCGAAGGAUUGAAAAAGAAGAUAUCCAAAGAUGCCAAGAAGAAACAGAAGAAGGCCGACGAAGAAGCCGAAGAACUAGGCGAAAAGGAGCGAAGAAAGGAGGAGAAGAAGGCGGCACGGAAGGAGAGGAAGGCUGAGCGCCAGCAGCUAAGAGAAGAAGAGGCCGCCUUUGAACGACAAACCAUCAAGGGUGUAAACAAGAUUAAGUUAGGCCCCAGGCAGGUCAUACCCGACUCUACACCGAACAGCAAUGCUACACUCAAAGCUACCGGUAGUAUCGAAAUCGAAGAAGACUUAGAGGACGAAACUGGGCCUACAGAAAUGAAGGAACUCGACGUCACUGGUCUCGAUGAUGCUGCUGAGGUAGAACAAAACUCAGCAUCGGCCCCAUCUCCCUCAUCCGACCCCCAAUCACCUGUCUUCGACACCAACGGUACACCAGCCGACUCAAUUGGUCAAGCUGCCAGCACUUCAUCUAUAUCUUCUACCACUGCCCUAGAAAAGCCCAAGCAUAUCAAGAUCCCUUCUGACACCACUGCUCUUCGCGAGCGUCUCGCGGCAAGGAUACAGGCUCUUCGGGAUGCGCGAAAGGCCGAUGUAGACGGAAAGCCUAUUCGUACGCGCCAAGAACUAAUUGAGGCACGACGACAGAAGCAAGCUGAGCGAAAAGCACAUAAGAAGGAGCUCAGACAGAAGGCCAAGGUAGAGGCAGACCAGAAACGUGAAGAGGCUCUGGCGUCUGCUCGCAACUCCCCAGGCAGCAUCCUCAGCCCUGCUAUUGACCUGGAAGAGCACAACUUCUCGUUCGGUCGCGUAGGGUUUGGCGAUGGUGUCCAGCUAUCACAUGAUCUCUCACAUGUUCUAAACAGUGGUAAGAAGAAGGGCCCGCUGGAUCCAAAAACAGCUCUUCAGAAGCUGGAGAACCAGAAGAAGAGAUUACAAGAUAUGAACGAGGAAAAACGAAAAGAUGUGGAAGACAAGGAGCUUUGGCUUACUGCCCGUAAACGUGCAGAAGGCGAGAAGGUCAGGGAUGAUGAGAAGUUACUCAAGAAGGCCGUCAAGCGCAAGGAGUCUGCUAAGAAGAAGAGCGACAAGGAAUGGUCAGCGCGAAAGGACGGCGUCGCCAAGUCCAUGAAGGACAGACAGAAGAAGAGAGAAGAGAACCUUCGUAAACGACGAGAUGAGAAGUCAACGGGCAAAGGAGGCAAGAAGAAGGGCGCAAAAAAGACUAAAGGCCGAGCAGGGUUCGAAGGUUCCUUUAUCGGUGGCGGCAAGAAGAAAUGAGUAGCAAAUUUUCAGUUAUUCUCAGGGGAAGGAACUCAUCCGUUCGGGUUUCUUCUCGUAGGUGUACGAACUGCCUGUGUAAGCAUCGACGUAAUGUACAUAAGGGAGUCUUUUCGGACGAAUUGGUGGCAUUGGACAUUUCUAUGUUUCUCUUUGCUCGGGGGUCUUCAUGUGCUUAGCAUCCCUUGUAUAUGAAGUUUAAUAUUCCCCAAACCUGCCAAGGUCAACCGCGAUUUUUCUGUCAUAAACAUCUGGAACGUGAGCUUUCUAAGCAGCUUCCAACAGUCUUGAAGCUGACGAACCUAAAAGUC